AGAGCGGCCGUUGCCGUGCCGUCAGCUCUCAACUGAAGGAGCCCGGCGACGGUGGAGGACGGGCCUGGCUUAUCCACACGUUUCCCCUCCCUUUUAUAAUCCCGCCACCUUUAGCAACGGACGUGCGAAGCCAGCCCGCCAAUUAAACCCACCCGCCCUGCGAUCCAUUCCAUUCCUCUCGCCAAUGGCAGCCGCGUCAGGAAUCGCCGGUACGUUCUCCGUCCGCCCCACGGUGCCGGCGGGCCGGCUAUGCUCGUGCGCCGCCGCGGCCGGCGAGGCGAGGUCCCGCGGCGCCGACGGGGGCGGGGGCGGGGCCGGGAAGUGGUGGGCGCCGCUCCUGGGGUGGUCGGGCCAGGCCGACUACAUCGACGCCCAGCCGGCGCCGGCGCCGGAGGAGGACCGCGACCGGGCUGCGGGGAAGAGGCGGUUCGGGGUGCUGACGGAGGAGAAGGCGCGGCAGCUGCGGCUGCGGAUGAUGGAGACGGAGAGCUUCCACGACGUCAUGUACCACUCCGCCAUCGCGUCCCGCCUCGCCUCCGCCCCGCCCGACACCGCCCGCCGCACCAAGCCGUAGCCUGGCCACGCACGCACGCGCGCGCUCCCUUGCCGUACGUGGCCGCCGUUCGAGGUGCAGCUCAGCUCACCGUCCGGCGGGAAGCCAUGCACGCGCAGCUGU